CUAUUAGUAAACGUUCAUAACAUCUCAAUAAUAAUGCCAUUUCAUUAUUUGCUUCUAUUAUUAUUAUUGCUUCCCAUUCUAUCUUUCUUCUAUCUUCUUCUUCCCAAAAUCAUAAAAAAUAAGUCAAAAUUCAAUAAUCCACCAGGCCCUCCAAGACUUCCCAUAAUUGGAAACUUACAUCAAAUCGAUACCUCAAGCCUCCAUACUUCCUUAUGGAACCUUUCAAAAUCCUACGGUCCAAUCGUAUCUCUAGACUUCGGUUUCAUCCCAACCAUCGUUGUUUCAUCAGCAACUCUAGCUAAAGAAGUAAUGAAAACCCAUGAUCUUAUCUUUUGCAGCCGGCCAUUAACACUUGCCCAAAAAAAAUUUACUUACAAUGGCCUUGAUGUGGUUUUUUCGCCAUACAAUGAGUAUUGGAGAGAGAUGAGAAAGAUUUCUAUUAUGAAUUUGUUUAGCCCUAAAAGAAUGCAAUCUUCUAAAUACAUUCGUGAAGAAGAAGUCUCACUUGCUAUAAAUAACAUAAAUAAGCUCUCAAGUUCGUCUAAGGUUGUCAAUUUGAGCGAAAUCGCCAAAAGUGUGACAUGUAAUAUCGUAAUGAGGAUGGGCUUCGGCAAGAAAUAUGACGACGAGAAUGAACGUAGGAGGAUUGUUGGGCUGAUUGGUGAACUCCAAGUGAUGAUAGCCCAUUUGUUUCUUACGGAUCUUUGGCCCGGUCUGCCUUUUGUGGGCUUGGUUGAUAAGUUGAUUACGGGCAAUAUAGAUCGGUUAGACAAGUGCUUUAAUGAUUUAGAUUCGUUCUAUCAGGAAUUAAUUGAUGAACGCCUGGAUCCAAGAAACCAAAAGUCUCAUGAAGAGCAGCGAUACAUAAUUGAUAUCUUAAUACAACUCAAAAAAGAUCAAGUCUUGAGUCCCAUCGAGCUCACUAAUGAUCACAUCAAAGCCAUGCUUACGGAUGUGCUUGUGGCCGGGACAGAUGCUAGUGCAGCCAUAGUUGUUUGGGCAAUGACAUCACUAAUAAAGAAUCCCAAAGUAAUGAAAAAAGCACAAGAGGAAGUGAGAAAUGUGGUUGGAAAGAAAACUACAAUAAUAGAUGAAGAUGAUCUUCCAAAGUUCACGUAUUUGAAGGCAAUAGUAAAAGAGGUUAUGAGGUUAUAUCCUCCUGCCCCUCUUCUAGUUCCUCGAGAAGCAAAGAAAGAUAUAAUUUUAAAUAAUGGAUACAAAAUCAAGCAAAACACCAUGGUUCACGUGAAUGCAUUUGCUAUCGGAAGAGACCCUAAAUCGUGGGAGAAUCCUGAGGAGUUCUUGCCAGAGAGGUUUUUAGGACAUGGUGAUAUCGAUUUUCGAGGGAAUGAUUUCGAGUUUAUUCCAUUUGGAGCAGGUCGUAGAAUCUGUCCCGGAAUUUCAAUGGGAGUUAUGCUGGUGGAGCUCUUGCUUGCUAAUCUGGUUUACUUCUUUGAUUGGGGAUUGCCGCUUGGUAUGAAGAUUGAAGAUAUAAACUAUGAGGUUAUGCCUGGGAUAACCAUGCAUAAGAAGAAUGAGCUUUGUCUUCUUGCCCAUUAAAUCAUUUACAACCGUUCGUUUUAUUACUUCUUUUCAUCGUUAUCGUUUUCUUAUUUUCCUUAUACCACCAUCACUUUUAAAUUCAACUGCAUCUUUCUAUAUAAUUAAAAAUGUAAUAUAUAUAAGUUAAAAAAUAUAGUUUAUAAUGUUUUAAUA